GCAACUCCUUUCGUCUUCUUCUUCCUCACUCACUCACUUUCUGAGACCAGUCGAGCCAUGGCGAAGCCAAUCCCUCCGACCUGGUUUGGAACCAUAUCCACAUUCUUAGCCCCACGAGGUGAGACCCUCUGGUACUUCCUCGCCGUCCUCUCCAUCCUCUCCGUCCUCGGUCAAGAACUCACCCGCUGCUCCGCCCUAGCUGCUGCAGCUGAAUUCGAAGGUUUCGGCGACGAAGCAGAAGAAGAACCUCUUGAUUCCCCACAAAUUACCGAUCUACCUUUUCGGUCACCCGUCCCUCCUCCUCCCGUCACCCAAUCUGACUUCGAAACUCAUCACGGCCCUCCAGAGCCCGCCACCUCAGCUUCGUCGCUGCCCUCUGAUCCCUCUCCCAAAGCCUCAGCUUUUGACUACUGGGACGAGGAUGAAUUCGAAGGUAUUCCGAUCACCGAAUCCCCACAAACGCCGCCGGAAACUGCCACUCAGUCUUCCCCGGCGGAAGAUUCCGAACCCACUAAACCGCCGGCAAAGCCCAGGUCUUACUAUAUUGAGAUCGGCUGUAUCAGUUUCUUAAUCUGUUUCGUGAUCAAUUACUUCGCUGGGAAAAAAGAGAAUGAGAAGAUUGCUUUGGCUUGGGCUUCCAAGUUUGCCACUAAGGAUUCGAUCUUUGACAAGAAUUUUAGUUUAUUGGGUACGGGUGAUGGGAAGGAUACGCCAUUGUUGUUGAAAGAGGGGCAGAAUAUGUUUAAGUUCUAUGCUAGUGGGAGGAGGUAUUGUCAGGGUUUGGUGGCUACCAUGGAGCUUCAGAGUCGGCAUGAUUUGAUAUCGAGAGUUUAUAAUUUGAUUGUGCCUUCUAAGGAUGAGAUUUCUUUUGAGGUUUUUAUGAAUGAUGAUGCCAUGGAUCAUGUGAUUUUUGCGCUUGCGAAGAAGAAGGCUGCCAAGGUGAUGCAGAAGGAGUAUAGGGAUCUUCAGGGGUAUGCAAAUUUGGUUUCGCCGCCGAGUAGUCGGAAAUGGGUUGUUGAGGAUUUGGCUGCUUUAUCGGAAUCACGGGAGGUAGCUGGUGAUCUGAUCAACGAUACCGUUCUCGAUCAGGUCUUUGGUGAAAAAACGUUCGAGAAAUUUGGAAAAGGGUUCAUCUCAAUGCAUUUUUCUGAUCAACAUUCGGGCACGCACAGGAAAAUUCUAUUGUUCAAGUUUGCUCUUCCAGAUGCCAACCACAUUGCUGACAUGACCCGAUUGGUGGCUCUUGUACCAUACUACAUUGACUUGAUAGGGCGUUAUAAAGUCAGUUCACAGGUUCGCUCUAAAACGGAAGCAGCCAGGUCCAAGGCUGCUCAAGAGGCAUACAAAGAACUUCUAAAUGCUAGGCAGGAAGCUUUGCAGAAGAGGAAGGCAGAGAAGAGAAAGAUGAUGGAGGAGGCUGAGGCGAAGCUCAGUGCAGAAGCACUUCGCAAGAAAGAAGCGAAAGACCGUGCACGGAAGGCAAUGCCAAAAGUGAAGCGUGUUCACUAGAGCUUAGAUCUCGUCAAUUGCUUGCCACAUUGCAACUCUGUAGUUCUCUCACUCACUCUCAACCCCCGGAGUCUUUGUUCACAUAUUUAGGUCAAAUUAUAAGCAUUGAAAGAUUUUGGGUGAUUAACCGUGAUUGCCUUGAUGAAGAGCCUAAAUCUGACUUCUCCAAUGUUUUUAGUUGAAAUGUUAGAGCAAUCCAAUUUGAAGAUCCAAGUGCAUUCUAAUUUGAAGACUG